AUGAAUUAUGCAAACCCAUUUUCAUUAACAUCUUAAACUAGUUUUUUAAGUCCCAAAGAUUAACGCAGUAGACUAACUAGUUUCCUAUCUUAAAAUCACUCCAUUAGAUCAAACAAAUCUGUGUCUCCUAAGAUGAAUUUUCUUCCAUAAUAAAAAAUGCUAAGGACUGAAUAAAUAUCACCAAAAUCUCAAUUUGUUUCUUAGAAUGAUAAUAAGAAAUUUUAGAAAAAGACUACUGAAAGAAUUAAAUAUGUUUCUGAACAUAGCUCCACUCCUUAUUUGUACAUCCAAAAAAAAAAGCAUGAUAUUCAUAUUCCUUUAUUACCAAAGCUAUCUCCUGAACCUAAAAUUGAAAGUUCUAGAGUUCCAUUCAUAAAUAUUAUGACUGAACCUACAAUUACAAUAGAAGAAUAAGGAGAAUAAGAAAGAAGUAAUUUCGAAUAAAGAUUCGAAUAAAGAAAAGAUUAACAAUUACUCUUAAAUAAAUCUAAUAAUUUAUUAUAAGUCUCUUAAUUAUCAAAUAAUCAAGAUGACUAAUUAUCAAACAGUAAACUUUCCAUAAGAUCCAGAUUUAAAAAAGCUGUGUAAAAUUCCUUUCAUUCUCCAGCAAGGAAAGUAUAAUUUUAUAUAUUUAGUCCUUAUUUAAUGUAAUCAUAUCUCAUGAAUUUAAUGCCUUACAAGAAGUAGAGAGACCAUAAAUUUAAAAAAGAUUUGAACCUGGAAAUUAGAUUUUAGCAUUGAAGUUACUUAUGAAGAAAAAACAAAAUAUUCUAAAAAAAGAGAAAUAUAUAAAAGACAUUCAUCUUAAAAAAGGAUUUGGAUUAAUAAAUAUUGAAUAAUUUAAUGUCUCAACUAAAGCAUUUUAAAGAAAGGUUAAUUUAAUUCAUUAAACAUCCUCAAGAAGUCUUAUGCAUUAAGAAUAAUUUUCAUUAUUACCAAAAUCAUAAAGAAAAUCAAUUACUAGUGUUUGUUCAUAAAUAUAAAAUAAUUUAUUGAUUGUUAGUUCUGAUAAAAAUACAUAAAAUAUAAAAGAAAAGAGUAAAGAAAAAGAUAAUCUAAAAGACUUUGAAAAAAAUAAAUUUAAUGUUAUAAUUACUUAUGAAAAUGUUGAAAAAUUGACCUUUUAAUUUAAUAGACCUAAGCAUUUGAAUUAAUAAAAGGAUACAACUGAAGAAAUUACACCACUAAAACCUCCUUAAUCACCUAGAUAAAUAGUGCCGUUAGCUUUGAUUUCUUCAAAGAAUCUUCAAUCAAGUAGAAAACUUGAUUAUAUUUAAUCUUCAAGAAAUUUAGGAGCUAAUCGAUUCUCUAGAUUAUCCAUUCAAUCUAGUGUAUUUUCAGAAGAGGCAACAAAUAGUGCUGAUCUUAAAUUUGACUUUAGUAAAGUAAAUAAAUUUUUUAAUUAAAUAAGCCUAAUCUAUUUGUUAGAGUUUACUAUUAAAAUAAACUCUAUAAAAUGAUGCAAAAAACAAAUUAUACAAAAUAGAAUUUAUAAGAAGUAGAAGAGAGCUUUCGUCCAAAAGUAGCCCUCACUAGUAGUACUAUUUUAACAAAUGUAUAUACUGUAAUGUCUACAUCUGAAUAAGGUGUUAGAUAAAGAAAAGUCACAAAUGAAAAUUUAACUGAUAAAAUUUAAUUUUCAGGAAUCCUAUUACCAAAAUAUAGUAUAGAUAAAGAAAAUACAAUUUAUAAUUAUGAUGAAUAUUUUAAUGAGUCUGCAGUAAUAUCAAGUGAAGAUUCUGAUGAUACUGUUUCUUUAGAUAAUUUUUUAGAAAGUCCAGCUAAUAACAGUAAUAUAUUAUAUAAAAAAAAGCUUAGAACCAGUAAUAAGAAAGAAUAUAACUUUGAAGAGUUAAUAAACUCUAAAUGAUCAAAAUUAACUUAAAGAGUAGACAUUAACAUAUUUUAUAACAGAUGACCCAAUCGAUGAAAAAUGUAAUUAAUUUAAAGUCAUUUUAUAGAAUUAUCAACAGGGGCUUUAAUUUUAAUUAAAAAAAUAAGAAUGGCUUUUUAAAUGCCUCUCUAUCUUUAGCCAAUACUUAGUGUCUUAGAACAAAAAACAAAAAAUCAUCUUUUAACUCUUCAUGUAAAAAUGUGUGACGAUUAUGAAAUGGGAGUAUUGAUAGAUAAACAUCAGACAGUAUUUGAAGAAAUGCUUAAAUAUUAAAGAAACCCAACACUCAAUAAAGCAAUCUGUUAAGCUAUUGAAUUUAGAUAUCCAAUUAUUUUAGUUGGAAGAUAUAAUUGCUAAACCAGAAUGAUAGAUGUUGAACAUUAAGAUCCAGUUUCAAAUACAGCUAUAUUAGAAAAAUAGGAAAGUAAAUACGAUAAAUUUGAAAACUAACCUUUAUUAUAAACAUAUAUAAGAAAUUCUAUGAGAAGAUAAUCUAAAGAAUUGAAAGAAUCGAUUAAUAAAAGAUAAACAAUAAAUAUAAAAAAGUAGAAUUUAUAAGGAUUAACAAAAUAAGAUUCUUUAUAGGUUACUUAACCAUAAUAAUGGAACAGAAGAGCGAUGUUAUCAGGAGAGCUAUCUAAUCCACUUACAAUUACAAUUUAAUAAACAAAUCAGUAAAACUCAAAUGUUUUUACAUAAACUUCAACUGUUCUUAUUACUAAACCUACUAUUGCAUCUCAACAAUCUGUCUUUAGAGUAGUUAGUUCUAAACACAUAGACCUUAAUAGUUCUUAAUAGGAUCUUAGUUCAUCUUUUCAUUCUUCUUAAAAUGGGGAAUCUAGACGUUCAAGUAAAAUUGAAUAGAUAUAACAUCAAUAAUCAUCUCAAACUUAAUAUACUUAACCUCCAUAAUAGUAAGUUUCACAAUUAAAAAUGCAAAGUUAAUAGGAAGAUAGUUUUGAAACAAUUUAAGAUUAAGAAGAUAAAUAUCAUCUUUUACAGGAAGGAAAAGUAUUGUUUUUAUAAAGAUUUAGAAUGCUUUAAGUAUGUACAUGAAUUCAUUAAGAAUGAGAACCCAAAUUAAAGAAUCUUAACGAAGAUAAAAAUUAGAUACAAAUUAAUUAAUUAAAUUAGCUAUUUAUAAUAAUAAUUUUAUAGAGGUAUCCUAUAUACUUGUAUUUAGUUUAUGGAUAAUAUUUAAUUUAUUCCUGAAAUGUAAAUAGAUGUUCCUUUAUAAGAUGGAAAUACUUUUCUGAUUUUAGCUGCCUAAUGUGGUUGCAAAGAAAUUGUCCAUGAAUUAGUCAAAAGAGGAGCAGACAUAAACAUUUAAAAUGUAUUGUAUUACUAAGCAAGGAUGAUGGCAAUACAGCAGUUCAUCUAGCUCUAGCCCACGGACACUAUAAAAUUGCAGAUAUGUUAAUGGAAGCUGGAGGAAGCACUCAUAUUUUUAAUAAACAUGGAUAAAAUGCCUGGAGUGUCUUGUGA